AUGCAAACGGACCUCGCCAUUGGUAAAGUACCCGUCAAAGGUCUUGUUCCCGUUCUUGUGAGAAACCCACUCGCCACUUUGGGCGUAUCCCUGGUCCCGCAGGCUGAGGGCCAUAGCAUCGACUCCAAUGGGCUCCUCAUCGCGCUUAUUGUAGAGGUAGUCGAGUGUGGUCGCGCAGCUUGCGGAGGAAGAUUUGGCGGUGAUGAGAGCUGCAAUGCCAGAGGCAAACGUGCCAAUUCCCGCGAGGCCGGCUCCUCCUGCGACAACCCAGUUUUGCCAAGCGGUCAUCUCGACGCGCGUGUGGAGGUUGUUUACUCCUGGAGCCUCGGUCAUGUGAGGUGGAGCGGGCUCCAGUUCCUCGGCAAGGGCCAUGGGGGCUGCAUUGAAGCAGAGUAUGCCCAUGAGAAUCAUCUGGGUGAAAGAGGGAGCCAUGGUUCUUGA